CUUUUUUCUUCUUUUUUGUUCUUCUCUCCUUGUGAAAUCCGCUUCUCAUAGCCAAGGGGCCAUCCAUCGCGCGAUCGCCAAGAGACCAAGUGGUCUCCUCUCUGCCUCUCCACUACCUGAAACCUGCAUCUAUCCAUCCGGCCGGGGUUACAGCGCUGCAACAUCCCCAAUGGCGGAAGCACUGGGCACCGCCAUUGGCGUGAUUGGCUUCAUCGGCCAGCUGUUUGACGGUUGCGUCAAGGCCUACGGCUACUUCACCACGGCGGCCAAUCUGGAUGCCGACAGCCAGCGGAUGCUGUGCAAGGUGCGCAUCGAGGAGAUGCGCCUGACGGUCUGGGGCCGGGAAUGGGGCGUCGCCGAGGGCAAGUUUGAUGCGCAUCUGAGCGAGAGGAAUCCGCAGCUGCGGGUGUUGGCGACGCAGAUCCUGGAGCAGCUUCACGGCACGGUGACGGACUUCAGGAAGCUGCAGGAUCGGUAUGGCCUGGUGGGAGAGGAGGCUGCGGCGGAGAAGAAUGGCAGCUACGAGUCCAUGGGUGACGAUGAGAAGAAGUACAAGACGAAUGGAGCGUCAAAGAGGAGCACGAGCACGAAUGAGAGGAGCUGGAGGAGGGAGCUUGGGUUGAGGACAAAGUGGGUGAUAGGAGACAAGGACAAGUUCACCAAUCUCCUCAAAGACCUCAAAGACUUCAACGACGGCCUCGAACGCCUCUUCCCCCCCUCCCAAGUGCCCUCCUUCCAGCGCGCCUGGACUCACCAGCUCCUCGACCGCGCCCAGCGCGACCUCGCCGAGCUCUCGCUCCUCGAAAACGCCUCCUCGGGCAUCUACCCGCAGCUCACCAAAUCCGCCACCCUCAAGAAGCUGCGCAUCAACCUCGACAGCAAGCCCCAGUCGUCCUUCAGGCCGACCUUCGCCCUCAAAGUCGACCGCUCCUCGCUGGCCAUCAGCCAAGUCGUCGUCGACAAAGGCAGCAGCAGCAGCAGCAACGCCGAUCACCAGCGCCGCUGCCACGGCCACCACAACGUCGCGGGCGACGUCCUCGUCGAAUGGGUCGACUACGACCGCGAGGCCAUCGACGAGCGCGUCGCCCACGUCCGCCGGAUGGACGACCUGGCGCGCAUGAUGCACUCCGCGUCGGAAUGCCACCCGGACCUGCACAGCAUCGACUGCCUCGGCUACACGGACGACUCGACCAACAGCCGCUACGGCCUCGUCUACAAGGCGCCCGCCUCGUCCCACUCGACCCUCAAGACGCUCAUCUCCAGCCCGGACCUCAAGACGCCGGACCUCGACGAGCGCAUCCACCUCGCCCGGACGCUCGCCGUGGCCGUCUGGUCGCUGCACUCGCUCGACUGGCUGCACAAGUCGCUCUGCAGCUCCAACGUGCUCUUCUUCCCGUCCGCCUUCUCCACGUCGGCAAACUCGCCCACCGCCUCGGCCGCCCUCGUGCCGGACAUCUCCCACCCGUACCUCAGCGGCUUCGACGCCUCCCGCCCGGAACUCGACACCGCGCUGUCCGUGGCGCCCAAGAACCCGUCCAUCGGCGAUCUGCACCGCCACCCGGGCUCUCUGCGCGGCAGCCCGCACAUCAAGUCCUUUGACAUCUACAGCUUCGGGCUGGUGCUUCUCGAGAUUGGGCUGUGGAAGGUCCUGCAGGCGUACUACAAGGCGCACUACUCUGCCGAGCGCUGGCGCGAUAAGGUCGUGCUGGCGGUGCUGGUUCCCGCGCUGGGGAGUAAAGUUGGCAAGCGGUACAAGGAAGUUGUGGAAAUGUGUCUCCGGGUGGAUGAGGAUAUGACGAGUAUCGAGGCUGGGGAGUUGAUGGAAGAGGUCGUGAGUAAGCUGGAGAGCAUCCGGGUGUAAUACGAUUUUUAUGAUGAUUCGAUGACGACUGAAAGAGCAUGAUGAUAAUGAACGAAUCAGCAUAGCAUAAUGGCAAUGAUGAGAUGGCAAAAGCGCAUAUAACAAGCAUAUAGACGAGCUGGUAUUAUUGGUUAUGGGAAAAGAAAUGCUAAUGUUAUUUAUUACCGUCUAAACUUUCAAUCACAAGAACACAAAGUCACAGCCCAAAGAGAUUGAUUCUUUAAUGCAAAGUUCAGUUGAUAAUUAAUUAGAAAAGUUGAUUGAAUA